AUAUUCAAUUCAAUUCAACAUAAAAAUUCGGUUCAACGCCAUGGCGCAUAGUGCCAAAGCAUUCGUGUUACAACUGUAAAGAGUUGACGGAAAUUAACAACUUAAGAUGCGUCACCUGUCAAUAUUCAAACAGGAAACGUCAAACAGCAGAACGACAUGCACGAGCUGUGGAGGGGAGGGAGUGUGGAUGUGAUUCAGCGUUUAGAACCUCCAGCUUCUCAUGGCAAGCUGAUCAUAUAAAUAGAGCCAGGCAGCAAGAACCCUUUCAUAGCUGAAGAACAAGCAUCAAGUGAACUUCGCAAGUCACUCAAGCAUCAAAGAAUUGAAAACUUUUGUUUUUACUCAACCAUGGCAAUUCUGUGGACAUUUCUGGCGACUUUUCUGAUUGCUGACUGUGCUGUUAAUGCAAAGACGGUAUUAGAAAGGGUGAGCACGGACAAUGGAAUUACUCGAUUCAGGGCACCAGAAGAUGAAACGGCGUUGGAACGUCGUGGCGUUCAGCCGUGUGGAUGUGAAACGGGAAAUACCGAAUGGGUAUACUGUUAUCCUAAAUCUUGCGCUGGCAAAACAAUUACCAUUAAUUUGAGCGGGGAGUAUGUGAAGCCACCUUCCGUCAGCGUUGCCAUAGCUUCUCUUGAUGUUGACCACGAAUACAACACUCGCAUAAAGGCAGAAGCUGUAUCAAUAACCACGUCAUCAUUUGGACUGAAGUAUUGGCCUUACUCUGACACAAAACUCUAUGGAGUGAAAUUUGCCUGGACUGCUUGUGCUUGAUGAAUAACGUAACUUUUCGAAACAUGAGUUUAUGAACUAUAAGUGCAUCUUUCCUUGUUGUUGUAAAUCAUAGAUUAGUAUUGUAAUGCAUUACUCUUAAUAGUAUAAGUCUUAUUGUAAUGUUCAAGCUUAAUGUUUCAA